ACAGUAUUCAGUAACAGUAAAGUAAACGAGUUCGUUACGUUGUUUGAAUAGGCACCAAUCAACGCAGAGGAUACCGUCGCAACCAAUAGCCGGACGGAAAGAAAGACCAAUCAAAGCUCAUAUAGUUUCAAAGGCUGACCAAUAGGAAAACGCUAGUGUCAGAAUAAAGGAGAACCGCGAAGGAUGAAGUUUUAUUCGUCUCAGGCACACAAACCAGAGAAGUGAACUUUCGCCAUGGCUCGUACCAAGCAGACCGCCCGUAAGUCCACUGGAGGCAAGGCCCCCAGGAAGCAGCUGGCCACCAAGGCCGCUCGCAAGAGCGCCCCGGCCACCGGAGGUGUCAAGAAGCCUCACCGUUACAGGCCCGGCACCGUGGCCCUCAGGGAGAUCCGUCGUUACCAGAAGUCCACUGAGCUGCUCAUCCGCAAGCUGCCCUUCCAGCGCCUGGUCAGGGAGAUCGCCCAGGACUUCAAGACCGACCUGCGUUUCCAGAGCUCCGCCGUCAUGGCUCUGCAGGAGGCUAGCGAGGCCUACCUGGUCGGUCUCUUCGAGGACACCAACCUGUGCGCCAUCCACGCCAAGCGUGUGACCAUCAUGCCCAAGGACAUCCAGCUGGCCCGCCGUAUCCGUGGCGAGCGUGCUUAAACAUCAGGCUCGAUCUCACAAAACCCGGCCCUUUUCAGGGCCAACAAAUCCUCUUAAAAGAGCUGUACGCCACUUCACUUACCACCUGUAUUUGCUCCGGAAACCUUUGUUGACUCACGCACUUUGUGUCAUUUGUCCAAUAUUUACCAUUACAUACCUGUUCUACCAUUAGGGUUAAAACAUUCAAAAAUAUACGGUUUUUAUCUAGCCAUGAACGAUAUGCAUAUCGGCAAACAGGUUUCUUUUAGCCACAGUCGAUGUGGCUUCUACCUACCGUCCUUGGGCCAGCUUUUAUCCAUGUUAGCACACAGCAAACAGCCUAAAGAACCACACCUGUGUAAAACCAAUCUGCUAUCAUGUCAACAACUCAUUGUGUCGAUUGUUUGCUGUUUCCUAACGGUGGAAAACGGGCGCCAAAUUCAAUAAGUGGAAACAGACUACAGAGAAUACUGAUACACGUACCCG